UCUUUUCUGUCUAGGCUGAUCUUUUAAUUAGACAGACCCCAUUUUCAUAUAUUCUCAUUCAUUUCAUUUUUUUUGUUUAUCGGUGAAUAUAUCGUUCAUAACCAUCAUCAUCAUCAUCAUCAAGAAACCCAAAAACAGUUUACAAAUAUAUGUCUAAUACGAGCUAUUACCGAUCACCGUUCGGAGACACGACUCACACGAAAGUUUUCGUGGGAGGUUUAGCAUGGGAGACUCCCACCGAUGAAAUGCGUCGUUACUUUGAUCAGUUCGGUGAGAUUCUUGAAGCCGUCAUCAUCACCGAUAAGACUACCGGCAAAUCUAAAGGCUACGGUUUCGUCACGUUUCGUGAGCCGGAAGCAGCGACGAGAGCGGUCUCUGAUCCCAAUCCUGUGAUCGAUGGACGAAAGGCGAAUUGCAAUAUUGCGUCUUUUGGACGGCCAAGACCAUCGACGCCUCGAGGACGAGGCCAAGGAGGAAGCCCUGGUCAAUAUCAAGGUGGUGGACAAUCAGGCUAUACCGGAAUGGCUGCUCCGCUGCAGCAGGCUGCGACUGCUCAGCUCAUGUAUCCGUCGUACGGGUACACCUACAAUUCUGAAUAUGGGUACCACCAAGCGCUAUACAACUCACAGCUCCAACAGGCACAAUACUAUCAACAGCAAAUGUACGGAGGAGGAGGAGCAACAUCACCAUCAUCAUCUAACAUCAUGCCUUCCCCUUACUAUUACCUCCAAGCUCCAAGCCCUAGACCAUAUCCACCUCAUCAUCAACAGUAUCAGUAUCAUCAUCAUCAACAACAGCAACAACGUUUACCCGCUGGCUCUUCUAAUUACAUAAUCUACCCAUCCAAUGUCGAGGCUCCCACUUCCUCUAAUCCCCCUAUUUCCCAAGGGACACUAUCUUCUUCCACGGAAUCACACGCACCACAACAAGUCUCAGAAGGAGGAGGAGAAUACGAUCCAACGGAUGCACCUGAAAGUACAACCACGAACAGCAGAGAGUUGACGUCAUCUUCAUGAUUCAGCUUCAACUCCAACUCCAACUUGUACAAUCUUGACAUUUUUUUUUGCUUCUUUUUCUCUUCAUCCAACCAGAAAAAAAGAAAGAAGCUAAUUCGCUUUUUAUUAAUUUUUCUCAACCAUAUUCAUGACUUAACAUGACUGCCAAAAUAAAGAUGGCUCUAUCUCUCAACUCUUGUCAUGUUUUUUUUCUUUUUCCUAACGGAAUAAUAUAAUAUGUCGACUUUGAUAUUC